AUGCACUGCAAUUACAAAGACAUAAGGCUCUACGAGAGACAGGGCCUGAGGGUGCCGGGGGCGGCGGAGGCGGAACUGCUGGUCCAGCAGACGCAGCAGAAACAGCGGCGCGCAACGUCACUCCGCCGCUUCAUCGCCUGCCCGGAGCUGGCGCGCACCGUGCAGCGCUGCCUGCAGAGCGGAACCGGCCCCAAGCCCGUCCUGCUCGAGUGCGCGCCCGGUCCUGGAGUCUUGACCCGAACUCUGCUCAAUGAAGGUGUUAGAGUGGUAGCACUCGAACAUAAUUCAGCUUUUCUUCCAAACUUGCAGUCCCUAGAGAAUAGCCUGGAUGGACAGUUAAAGGUAAUUUACGGGGACUUCUUCAAACUGGAUCCUUUGGUGAUUGGAACGGUGAAACCACCUGUUAUGUUUUCUGACAAACUUUUUGAAACCAUAGGUGUGGAAGCAGUUCCUUGGAGUGCAGAUGUACCUGUGAGAGUUUUUGGAAUCAUACCACAAAUAAAGGAAAGGAUCAUACUUUGGAGGCUUCUUUUUGCCCUGUAUGAAUGCAGUUCCAUAUACAGAUAUGGAAGAAUAGAACUCAACAUCUUUGUAAGUGAAAAAGAGUACAAGGUGUUAACAGCAAAGGCUGGGGACGUGAGGGCUUACCAAGCGCUUACUGUAAUUGGGCAAGUAGGAUGUGAAAUUCAGCUACUGCACAUGGAACCUUGGUCAUCAUUUUUAACUAAUUUGAAAAACGGGGGACUGGCAGUACCGAAAAGCAGGUGGCUGCCAAAUGACCAUUUAUGUUUGGUACGACUGACUCCUCGGCAAAAUCUAUUUUCAGGAGUCUUGAAGCCCACAAAUUCAUCUACCUUUAUUUUCAUGGUGAAACAGUGUCUUGCUAAACCCAAGUCUAGACUUACUGAUAGAUUAAAUUCAUGGAGCUUGGACAGUGAUGGCAAAUUACUGAGAGAGCUAGAAAUUCCAAAAAAUGCUGCAACACGUAGCUUAUACCCUGAAGACUAUAGGCGUCUUUUUGAAGCUUUGCAAAACUCUAAUAUGUUUAUUGACACCUGGUUCCACGAUGAAGUCAUGGAUAGUAUAAAGAACAUGAACUUAAAAAUCUAAAGUUGCUGUCUGUUGGAAGACCACCUUUGCGUCUGGAAGAUUACUUUGAUAAGAAAUGAUUUAAAUAAAAGCAAAGAUACUGUUAGCUAGAUGAUUUCCAGUCCAAGCAGGAAAAGAAAUUUGGCAAGUAACAAGAGCCCCUCUGCACAGGAUGAAAGUAACAAAUUCACAGAUAUUUGAUCACAAUCCUAUCUAGAAUGGACAAACUGCAUCUUUCCCAGGAGCAUGUUAGUGACCUGCUGCUUUUGGAUGUACCACUUAAAUGGAACUUUUUGUUACACUGCUGUAUAUUUACAAAAUUUGAAAAAAUUAACACACCAAAUAUCAUUAUUUGUGUGGUUUGUAUUUUAGUGCUCAGUGAUUCGAUUGCCCUUUCACAGAUUCCCAAAAUACAUAGGUCUUUACAGCCACUGAAUCUGUUACAUUGUGUCCUGAUCUAAAAACAUUGCAGUCUAAAGUCAACAUAAAAUUAAUAAAUCAAUAAUGGUGGGUUAAUAGAAGACAAGGUAAUGACAGCAUGAUAAAACAUUAACAGAUAGUUGUUUGGGUUUUUUUUAACUAAAGAUUGUUAUAUCUCUGAGGAAAAAUGUAAAAAUUCUUUCUUCUGAAAAUUUGAAAAGAACACUGUGCAGUCUGUUCUAGAUUACAAUAUGUGAACACCUGUGUGCACAUAGGCUUUAUUUUAGGUCUGAAAACAAAAUCACAAGAACAUCCAGUGCUGUAUAAACAGUUUGGAAAAAAAUAAUCACCUUCAACCUUUUGUCAGUAUGUAUUUGUUUAUUGUGUAUUAUAUGUACAAAAUAACUUACUUCAAACUCAUAUGCUAUUAAAAUUCUCUUUUUUAGCCAUAGUACUCCAUAAUGCAACUUGUUCCUAGUUUCUCUUUCUGUCUUACCAAUAUAACUUCUAUUCUUGUCCAACAGUGCUAGCAGGCUGUACUGGUUCUGUGUUCUCUACUAUCUUCUCUGUGAAGAGCUGUGGCCAAAACUAUGCUUUUUUUUAGCAGAGCAGGAUAAAGGCUGAGCUAUUUUCAUGCUUUAGAAAACAACAGUGACCAAAACAAUACAAACACAGAAUUGUAUUUCUUAAGUGUAGUGUGAGGUAUAGAUGUAACAAGCAUUCAUCUCUGUCUUCCUCCUGCAGUUCUGCUGCAGAAGCAAAAUGGACUUUGAGCAGCCUCAGUGCACCCUGCUAGCUGGGCUGCAGCUACCUGUUUAAGCUGCUGAUAAGCCUUUGUAAUGUUAUGAUGGAUACUGGAAAGGCAGAGGUUUAAUUUGCAGUCUGUCUUAGAGCGUUACUAGUGUAGGUUGUGAAGAUUUGAGACUGUUUACAUCUCUUACGGUUUCAGAUAACUUGCGUUAUAAAUUGACCAUGAAUGGCAAGCUUGCUUUAACAGAAGCAAUUCCACCUUUUUUCAGUCUCAGUAGAUGGUAACUAUCUUAUCUACUGGUCUACAAGAAUGCAGUGUCUCCUGGGCUGAUUUUCCCUCCUCCUUCCUUGAAUCAAAUACCUCUUGUUGCAGCAAGAUGACUUACAUCAGCAUACGAGAAGUAUGCAGUGUAAGUCCACCACUGUCUACAUAAACUUCUUUAACGGUGUUGAUGAUAACAAUUUCAAACAUGAACUGAAAAAAAAGAAAAUUGUUACUCGCUGUGAUUUUUUGAUGCUGUUGGAAAACAGCAUUUACUGAGCCAAUGCAGAGACUCCCAAGCUAACAGCAGGAGUCUGUAAGUAGAGGAAUGUUGUUUAACUGGGGACUUGAAAUGAGGAGAUUUAGUGUUACCCAGAACUCUGCCAUUAAGCCCUGAUCACAAAUGUGAAAUGAAGAGGACAAUGGCUGUCAUUAUAGAAACGGUUUUGGUAUUGAUGGAAGAGAUGGGAAAAGGUAAAAAUUACUGGUGUAUGUGAAUAGGUAUGGAUGAGUGAAAUUGAAGUAGGUCCAUGGAUUUGAUUAGUUAAUGCACUCCAGUCAGUACUUCCUAUUGUUGGCACUUCUGCAGGAGAAUGUUGAAUGGAAACUUUUGCUACUGAAAUUUUAAAUUGUAUAUAAAGGCUUUCAUGCUUUUUUGAUACCAUUUUUAACCAACCCUGUACUACUUGUGUUCCUUUCCUUUGCCUUUGCCAUAUUCCUUGACAUGUUGAUAGAAAAUGGAGCCAACAUCUCUUCAGUUAUUUUUGAUUCAUGUAAAUGCAAAGACAGAACUUUCAGCUAGGAAAACAGUAUAUAAAUUCAGGUUAAUAUUUACAGUUUAACCCUCAAAAACACUAUUCAAAGAAAAGACAAAACUGCAGAUUCACUCAAAAUUUAAACUGGCAGACCUCAGAAGAGAAGAUCUUCAUGCUAACUUUGAGACCAAAAGGUUUAUGGGAACUACUUUCUAUCAUGGUGGGAUAGCAAAGUUUCCCAUUUCUCAAAGUGCAUUAAUUUUUAAGUGAGUUACUGUGCCAGAUACAGUAAGUAAUAAAAAGUAUUUUUAAAUUAGUACCAGCCUUUGAAUAUGCUUUAAAAUUCAGGGUUUUUUUACAGGUUUGUGUUAUGAUACUAAUUAUAAGAUAAAGUAAUAGGUUUUAAAAAUUACAUUAAUUAGCUGCAAGCUUUCAGGCAGAUUUAUUUCUUCCUGUGUUUUCCUGUCUUUCAAUCUGAGAUCUUGGAUGAGAUGAAGGUUACAACAUGCAUAUAACAUAAUAGAAAGUAUAGCAUAUUUCUUUCAAUUUCCAGACUGGGGUUGUGGUGUCUGUCUUUUUUUUUCCCCCCCCCCCAAGAUCAAUUUAAUUCAUGAACCACACAUGAUAUAUAUCAAGUAGAACUCCUAAGUAUUGCUCCCACUCUUCAAAAACUGUUUCUUAGCUGCCAAGAAAAUGGCUUUUGACAUGUCAUAUUAAAGCACCAAUAGCUUGUAUAUUGAUCCUAACUUCAGAUGUGCUAAGUUUUCUACUGGCCCUCAUCGUUUGUGCCAUUCAUCUGCCCAGAAAAGAAAAUCACAUGACUGUGAUGGCAAUUGCCUAAAGUUUUACUACUUAACUAUAUUAAAAUCAUAGCAAACACAAAUAGAAAGAAACUUGGUCCUUAGAUGCCUGGGUAAUGAGAAAUUUUGCUGUUUGGAAUUAGGGGAUCAGUCAAGUUGGAUUCUAUAAGUAGUUCACUUUUGAUCCAGAAGGGUUUGUGAUCUUGUACUAAUUAACACAGUAAAUUAUGUGAUAAGGGGUUGUUAAGGUGGAACGUGUAUGUACUGGCUACUAGGCUUGUUCAGCAUUGGCCAUUUUAAUAAUUACAUCUUAGCUUAGCCUUGCAGGUAAUAAAACUCAAGAAACAGAUCGUGUCAUGUAGUUUAAGAUGUAUGUGAUAGGAAGAACCUGAGGCUUCCUGAGAAACAUGCUGAAUUGAUUGUUCUGGCAGGCUAAACACAAUCUGUGGGGCUGUAGUUUGAAAACUAAGCUUUGCAAGCCUUUAAUUAGCAAAGCUGUACUUUCAGCUACACUGAGAUAAUGAAAAUAACAAGUAACUUUUCCAGAAAAGACAACAAGUCAGUGGGAGAUGUUUAGUCACUCACAUUGUAUCCUUGCUCAAUAGUUAUUGCGCCUUUCCUUGUGUAUGCUGUUUCACUGCUAAAAAUAGACACACUGGCUGUCCCCAGCUGAUAGAACACAACACACAGCAAACAUAGGAAGCCCAAGGGAAAUUAGGGGUAGUUAAGAUACACCACAUGGAAUGGUCGAUUACUCAUAAUGUAUGCAAGACUUUUAACACUCGAUGUAAUUGAUACUCUUGAUAAGACACCACAUAAACAGCUAAGAAAUUGUGCUGAUGAACUUCAGAAGCAUGUUUCUGCCACCUGAAGGAAAUUACUGUGUUUGAGACAGGCAGGACUCAAGUAGAAAGCUUUUGUAAAGUUCAUAGUAAAAAGUCAGCAGGUAAAAUCUAUGUAACUGAGUGAAAUUUAUUAUGAAUUUGUGCUUAAAAUGCUUCUAUAGUGAGUUUUUAAAUUUUACAUUCUAGAAUAAUUUUUUAAUUAGCACACCAAUUAAAAGUGAAGAGACCUCUUCAAGAAUUCCUGUGUGCUCAUAAAAGAUCUAUCUGUGCUUAUAAGCUUUCAACUAAUUAUUUGAUAUCUAUUUUAUGCCAUUAGUGACACAGAUUUGUACUAAUCAAAAUUGAACAUUUUGUGUUUUGAGCCAGAUUUUUCUCCCAGAAUUUUUUUUUUUUUUUUUUUGCUGUGUGGAUUGGAAUGGGUAUUGCACAUUUAUGAUUGAAGAGCAGAAUUUGGAUUAUUUCAUUACUGCAAUUCUUUCUGUAAAUUCAUGUUGUAAAACAUGCUGUCUUGAGAUAGAAAAGCUAAACUUCCACUACGGUGUCUCAUCUACCGCCAGUAAGGAAGUAUGACUUAUUCAGCAGCAUCAGCCACAAUUAAGUGAUAUUUCCCACAAAAGUGCCUCCAUUACAUACCUUGACAGCUGCUUUUGUCCAGAAUGUGUCAUGCAUUUCAAAUAGCUGUUGGGAAUUGUGACCUGUCUAGGUCAGUGGAUGACUUGGUCAUAUAAAAACCCCUUAUUAUCAGCAGGGAUUAAUUCAAUUAAAUAUAGUCAGGAGCUAAAUGACUAUUUAUUGGAAUAUACAGCCAUAAUAUCAUUAUGCUUUUCAGAAAAUUCAGACCUACCUGAGUAGGGUGUUCAUUUGAUCGCCAUUGUUCAGCCUGUGUUGAAUGGCCCUCCUAGGCAGACCAGUCUAUAAACCGUAGAUGCACAUAUCCAGGAUCAGCUUUCCAGGCUCAUCUUAGAGAUGUCGAAAUAUCCAACACUCCAUCAAUGAAAACAUUUAUGUUGUGUUUAAAAGCUUAUCUAUACUAGAAAAGCCUGUAUUACUACAAUUAUGUUGUCAUAUCAAUUGAAAUGCUGUGUACAACUUAUGCCAAACUGAUGAAAGCCCCUUUCUUCAGGCAUUCUGUUUUGCUACAGUAGCAGGGCUCUCUGAGGUUGUGAUUUUAUUUGUGUGUGUGUGUGUGUGUGUGUGUGUGUGUGAAAAGACUGACAUUCCCUCAGACACAUUUUUGUACUUGUGAGAUUUUGUGUUAUGGGACAUGUGAGAAAACCUGACUUGGAAGACUGAGGAAAUAAUGAAAGCUACAUCUGGUAUUGUAUAUUCAUAUCAGCUCUUCCCUGAGUGCACUUUUUGUGAUUCCUGGGUAGGAUUUUAAGUUCAUGAUUUUUGUGUAUUGUUUGACCAUUCAUCUCUUAAGUUUAUCCACCCAAGAGAUAGACAUUAACUUCUGUUAUUAUUGGGUUUUUGUGUGCCAUAGGUUGUGGACAAUGCCCGUUUAGAAACUUAAUAAAACAAGAUAGAUGGGGAAACAUAGAAGAUGAAAUAGGUGUAGGAGUAAGGCAUACAAGCCAAAUACAGAGCUAGUCAUUUAAUAUUUUAAUAACUGUUACGGAUAAUUCUUGAGUAUCUCACAAUAUCACUAUAAUUGAACACUUUUGAAAAAUUUGCUAGGAGAACUAGAGAUGAACAUAGUAAUGUGCAUAGCUAUCUAACUGGCAGCCAGAUUGCUGUCACUUCUUUUGGUAAUGAAUUAUGUCACUGCAGCAUUUAAGAGAAUGUCAAAAUAUAUUUUUCUGUGGGAAUCCUGUGGCUUGAUGUACGUUGGUUCUUCCCAAUAGCAGUAUUUUGGAUAUGCAUAUUGUCAUUUCUGGUUACCCUGUUGCAACUUGGAUGAAAACAGUUGCAGACUGAAAUAAUCAUCACUGAGAACAAAACUGAGUACGUUUUAGAAGCGAAAAGCUGUUUUGCAGAACUGUUGGGUCUGUCUCUCAACGUUCUUUGACAGGACGACACAACACUCCUUUCCAAAACACAAGCCCUAACUCCCUCUAUAGGCAUAAUAAAGAAAACCAGACUAAGUCUGUCUGCAGUUUAGCGCAUGUAGCCUGCAUCACGUGUGUAAUUUCAUAAAUGAACAAACGCCACGUAGACCCACAUGGAAAGCACUUAUCAUCUCAUGGGUUUUGAAGAUCACCAUUUCAGAGUGGUGCUCUGAGUUAAUCAUAAAAUUGUUUUGCUUUUCCCCUGUCAUUUAUCUGGUGCCUCUAACUGAUGGCUCUGACAAAAAGCAGCUGGUCUGUGGGGUGCAUUCCCAGUGAUACACACUGCCAGCGCUUGGGUGCCAAGCAGCUUCCAGCCCAGCCAUGCUUCUUUGUAUUUAGAUCACAGUGAGAUCCAGAAAUAUGUCCAGAUGCUAGCUCAUAAGUAAAAUGUCCUGUUUUGGGAUGUAUGACAGAAUCAUUAUCAUAUCUAUUCCUUUAUGAAAAAAAAAGGUUUAAUAUUUUGAUCAAGAUAAUGGACUGAAAGGUAUAUCAUAUGCAACAAAUGGGUUUACAUACAGUGAAGCCAUUGCCCGAGAUCUGACUUCUCUACUCUGAUUUCAGUGUCGCAUCAGUGAAGAAAAGCUGCUGGCAAACCCGUGGGUGUCAGUACAAAAUUAGUAUGAUUUUCCCUUUGCAGUACACUGAAGGAUGCAGUGGACUUGCUGUGUUCACACACAUCAGCUGGCUGGCUUGGUGGGGCUUUCUGGUUCCCUGCUGCUCCUUGGAGGACACAGCCCUGGGCUGAGGCUGAUGUUGAAAGAACAGGGUUAAGAGUUACAGAGAUUCCAAACCCAGCAGCUAUUCAGGCUUGUGGGAGAGUACCCAACCUUGGCCACACUGCAACCUUGGAACAUACCUAAUCUCUAACAAAGAACACAGAAACUCCUGGGAUAAGAAUGCUGUGAAUUUCUGCUUUGCAGUUCUAUGUGCAUGAUUUUGGAAUAAAGAUGAGAGUGUAUCCUAUAGUAACCUUAGGUAAUUAUAAUGCUAAAAUACACAGCCACUUGUCAGUAAUGAACAUGCUGAUUAGGGGACCUCCCCACGUUUUCUACAUGAGAUAAAAUGCAUAUGUGUGAUGAGAGUGGGUGAGAGGUGGACAAGGAAGUUUGAGAAUACCAAUCAGCUGCAUUUUUACUACAAAAAAGGAACGCUAGAUGUGUUUGGGGUGCUGGCU